ACCAAUACACGGUUUCUAAAACAAAAUGCGGUGGAGCACACGGAUACAGUCGAGAGUUUUAUCGUUCUUUAAAACUCUCAGCUAGUGUUACAGACGUGUGUCCGUCAACAAGACCUUCUGUGUAAUCUAUUCUGUUUAACUUUAACUUAAAUUAAUUAUCGCCGAGGGCUUUUACCGGCGAUCGGUUUCCAGCAGCCUUGAAAUAAUUGCUAAAGGAAGGAAGCAUCUCUUAAUAUAAUCUGUUUGGGGGGGGGGUUAGUAUCUGCUGCUGACCUCUCUUAUUUUGAGAUGGCUACAAAUCCUCCAGGACAAGCGUUCCCAAACAAAACCCGGGUGGCAAUCCUGGCAGAGUUGGAGAAGGAAAGGAGGCGGCUAAUGCAGAGUCAGACCAUGAACACUCCUGGAGCCAGCAUCUCGCUGGCCCGGCCCAGUGUGAAGGAGUUCAGGGACAACGCAGAACAGCAGCACAUCGCUGCUCAGCAGAAAGCUGCCUUGCAGCAUGCACACGCACACUCUUCGGGCUUCUUCAUCACUCAGGACUCCUCAUUUGGAAACCUCAUCCUCCCCGUUCUUCCACGCCUGGAGCCCGAGUCUUGACAUUUUACACCACAAUCUCUCUUCCUGCUGCAACCAGUGUCAGAGACGCAGCUUUGAAACAAACUGGACAGCUGUUUGUCAAGUUGUAAAUGAUCUCAGGAGAGCACGAAAUGAUCUCAUUUAUAUUUUCAUGACUAGCAAAGCUACCUGGUGAUUUUAGUAAAGCUGUACAAAGAAUCAGAAGAAGGUUCCCAAUUCUAUUAAACACUGAGGCUAAAAACAAGCUACACAGAAAUGCAACAAAGGUUAUCCUGCUCUGUUACAUUUGUAACUGUUUUUCAUUCUUUUCUGAAUAUUGAAAGUGUUGUAUACAUUGAAGACUAAUGAUAACAGGAGUGCUUCUGGUCUCCAUACACCUGCUGCAUCUUUGUGAAAGUGAAAGAUUGAAUUAAUAAAUGAGAUAAAACUU